AUUUUAUGAACCUGGGCAAAAGUGGGCAGCAUAGAAAAGGAAAUCACAGAACACAAUUAUCAUUACACACUUCACAAACUCGAGCUUGCAUGACUGCCUUCUUCCCCCCCCCCCCAGAGAAAAACCCCACUUUUCCCUUCUCUUCAGUUACCAGAUAUAACUGCCUAUCACCACUAUAACCCCCCAUCACUUUCCGUUGCAGCUUAUUGACAUCCGCUAUCAGCUAUACUUUUUUACCUGUUUUGCUGAACACGACAGGCACUGUGAGUAUUUGUGAUCAAAUCAAACCCCGACUUGGAAUACGGGAACAUUGGUUCACUUGCCGAGGGAAAUCAGCAGUGUGAAUCACGAUGAACAGUUCAGCCAGACUUUCAUUCACCACCACACCGACACCGAAAGUAAUUAGAGCAUAAUGAACCGAAUGGGAAACUCGGACAAUGAGCGAGGAAUGGCGAAGCAAAGCGCAACAAGAGAAGUCAUUGACGAUCCUCUCAAGGUCCGAUCGCAAGCCGAUAGAUCCUCCCUUCAAAACAGAGAACAGGUCAAGGAUUUACGACAUCAGUUAAACGCUCAACUCAAAGAGAAUGCACGACUGCAAGAUACCAUGGCAAAGCGUACAGCUGAUUAUGAAGACAAGCUGAAAAAAAUGAGAGAGCUGUUUGCACAGUCCACCAAGAAUUUGGAUAAAUACCGUGCUUCCGUUUCCGCCAAGGAGUCCGAAUACAAUCAGCUGAAGGACGAGCUGGAAAAAUGCCAAGCACAGGAACAAGAGUGGAGAUCGAAUGUCGAAGCACAGCAUCGUGACAUUGAAAGGUUGCGUUCUGAAACAAAUACCCUCAAAGCGCAACAAACAUCGCAUUCGAACCAGUUGGAAGCCCAAGUGCGACAGCUCAGUCUUCAGCUGGAGCGAACCAAAACGGACUAUGAACAAUACAAAAAACGAGCCAACAUCGUGCUUAAACAAAAUACGAAUGACCAAUCAGGGAACACACGAAUUAAUGAACUGGAGAUAACCGUAAAUCAACUGCAAAGGGAGAAAUCAGUGUAUGAAACGGACCAAAAACAGCAACAAAAAAAGUACGAUUUACUGGCACAUGAUCUUCGAGAAUCACUCAAGCGUAUCCAGCAGCUCGAGAUCAAAGCCAAUGCGUUCAAUAAAUCAGAACAAGAACGGAUAGCUAGUCAAGAGGCAUUGAGCCGUUUACACGAGGAAAUGGCUCAGGAACGGACAUCAUUUGGAAAAGCCAUGGCAUCCUUGACCGAGACACACGAAAGCACUGUUCGUAAAUUAAAAGACGCGUUGAUGGCCAAGGAGAUGGAAUCGCUUUCCAUCGAAAACCGAUCAGAUCAAAGUAGCAAACACGCCGUAACUGAUUUUUCAAUGCAGCAAUUGCAAGAAGAAAAUGCAAAAUUAAAAGAGGACUUGGCCCAUCUGCAAGCACUGUAUGAGAAACAAAAACAAGCAUCUACACCUGUAACAACGUCGCCAUCCUCAUCCGCACAUGAUGACAGCGUCAAAGCAAACUUUACAGAAACAUCCGAGGAACCAAGUGGAGAUGUAUAUACCUCCAUGAGCCAAUUGAUUUCGCCGUUUGUCACACGACCUGACAGUCAGGAAGAGUUAAAAAAACAAGUGCAACGACUAGCUACUAUGUUGCAAGAAAGUGAAGAAAGAGUCGCCGCCCUGUCUGCACAAGAAAAGGUUUUAAAAAACGAGAUAAGAAAAUUAGAUGCGUUUGACAAGCGGCAGAACAUGAACGCGGAAUAUCUGAAAAAUGUCCUUCUAAAAUUUCUUCAAUCGGAUAACAAAGCAUUUAUGGUACCGGUCCUAGCCAAAUUACUGUGUCUGGAUGAUGCAGAAACUGCAAAACUUGAAAGUUUGUGACAUAAAAAAGAGUAGUUGAUGAAAGUUUAUUUUUAUUUUCAGCCCCGACUUGGCAGCAAUAAAUAGCCUUCAUUUCCGUGUAUCCGCCGUUUUGCCUUCCCCUC